AUGGAGAGCGUUCUUAAACUGAAUCUGACAAGAAAACUUCCCCAAAACCGCCACAAUACAGAAAUCCCUCGGCUUGGUUCAUUCGAGCCAGACGAUGACAGAUCUCCAGUUAAUAAAGAACGAGGAGUAUGGACCAAAAUGCAAAAUAACACUCGCUUAAAACUUUUAGCAGCAGGCUUUUUAAAAAGUGCUUUUCCUACAGAGAACUUAAAAAAGUCUGAACAAAUAAAAAUUCCCCACAUAAAAUACAGAAAUAGUGUCUGUUACCCAGAGGGUACACAGAUUCUUCUCGGAUUGUGCCAAAGCUAUGACUUUAAUGACCCUUUCCACAGAGAAAGGGCAGAAAGGUUUCGCCAAAGCUUAAGUCCAACCUUUAUAGAGAUGAUUUGUAAAACCAAUAUAAGAAGAUGCAAAAGCAAGCUUAGCAAGGUGUGAAGUGAAGGAGAAGAAGAAAAAGAGUUUGAAACUGAGAGAAAUAAAGUAAUCAGAUGUAUUACAGGAGAAAAAACACCUGAUUCUGAUGUAAAAUCGAUUGAUACGUCAGAAACAAGUGAUAGUGAUGAAGAAACUCUUCAUACAGAAAGAACGAAAAGGGUUAAGAUUAAUUGUAAACGUGCAAAAAGGGUGAAUAGUCCAACGUUAUUAACGCCAUUAUCGCCUAUUCCGAUAACAGCAAGCCCUUCUUUGCAGCAGCUACCAAAGAUUAAUCAUAGCCCAAGAAAUAUAGUGAUUAAGCCUCAGACAGCAAGAAAUGAGAUUAAUUCUAAUAGAAAGCUGCAGCAAAAAAAACUGAAAAAGCGUCCACUCAAGCUAAAGAAAAUCAGAAAAUAUCGUUCUCCAUAUGAGAAUGUACUAGUCCCUGUAACAAGUCCUAACUUCAACCCUUCAAGCCCUGUUAAAUUCUAGAUAAAUCGUCUCCUAAAAUAUAUAUUAAAUAGAAUUAAUAAAAACAUUCCUACUGGUUGCCAGAAAUAAAAUGGUGGUGUUAACGGAAUAGAUCUCAAGGUGCACCAUAUGGAGCAGAUCGGAACCAUCCUGAUGAAGCUGAAAACAGGGUAUCUGUCCCUUUUGAAUAGACCUUCAGAUUUUGGAGGCAAAACCGAAGAGGGACGAAGUGUUAAUCUCCAAAAAGUUUUCCCUAUCCCUACAAGGUGGAUUAGACAGGUUUUGCCUCUCACAUAGCCUUCAUCUAUGGGGUACCUUAGGGAUUUGAUCCUUAGGCUAGGUGAGUCUCACUAGAAAAUUCAAGAGGGCAGAAUUUUGGUCGGGCUUUACACCAUUUUCACUCUGGUGUAUGCGCACUCAGCGUAGGCCGCAUUUCCUGGACUCAAAGUAGUAGGCUAGCGGAGAUCCCGCUUAUAGCCUUAUAAUCUUAAUCUUGAUCUACUGAUAGCUGGGUUAUUUUUAUAUAAUACUAGAAUAGCCGUUAGUCAGUAUGAAUAUUUAAAUUCAUUCUAAUUCGCUAUAAAUUUUUUAAUUUCAAAAAAUUGUUUCUACAAAUUAAAAAAAAAUAAGCUUCCUUUGCUACAAGUACUUAAAAGCUAAUGAGGAGUAAAAGAUAA